AUGGUCGUGUUGUCAGGUUACGGUUGCUCGACAUCUGUUUUCACGAAUGUGCCACAGGAUUGUGCAGUCUCUAGGGGUAACUUGUUCAACGCAAAUCAGUCUUCCAGCUGGCACAGACUAGGUCUUUAUGGAAUAAACCAGAAUGGUGUCGGUCUUGAGGCCAACCUUGGAUAUUCCCAAAGAGCAGAGUUUGCUUUAGAUACACUGGGUAUCAGUCUCACUGGACCGAGGCUUGAAAGUCAGACCAUCGCCGGCAUCGCGACUCCCGAGCCCUUCUAUCUUGGAAUACUUGGCCUAAACCCACAACCACUCAACCUCAGCUCCCUAGGAAAUUCCUCAUCGCCGUCAUUUGUCACAAAUCUCAAGGGCCAGGGCGUUAUACCAAGCCUAAGCUGGAGUUAUACAGCCGGCGCCAAGUACCGUCUCAAACAGGUUUAUGGCCAGCUUAUAUUCUCCGGUUAUGACACAUCUCGCUUCACUGGGAAUUCCGUCUCGUUCACCAUCGCAGGCGAUAUAACCCGCGACCUCGUUGUGUAUCUCCAGUCCAUAAGCUACAGCGGAUCAAGUUCUGCCACCUUGCUUUCCGAACCCAUUUUGAUCUUCAUUGAUUCGACAGAUCCGAAUCUCUGGCUCCCGGGAAGUGUGUGUGACGCCUUCGAAAAGGCAUUUGGGCUUGUGCUCGACAGCGAGACUGGCUUAUACUUGGUGAAUGACACUCAUAACACCGAAUUGCUCAACUCAAAUGCGCAGGUGACCUUUCGACUAUCUGAUGUGGCCUCUGGCGGCGAUGCCGUGACAAUCGUUCUCCCGUACGAUGCUUUCUCUCUUACUGCACAGCCUCCCUUAGUCAACAAUAACAGCUAUUAUUUUCCACUGAAACGUGCAGCCAAUUCUACUCAGUAUACACUGGGCCGGACAUUUUUGCAAGAAGCUUAUCUCUCUGUCGAUUACGAGCGUGGCGUUUUCAAUGUGUCGGCAUGCGCAUGGAAUGAAGUUGCUGAGCAAAAUAUCGUCACAAUCACACCCAAGGAAUCCAACUCGUCAACUUGCUCUGGAAGCAGAUGCUCGUCUAGUCUUGGUAAUUCAGGAGGUUCCUCACUACUUAGCCGCGGCGCCGUAGCUGGUAUCGCGAUUGCUGCACUGGUUGGAGUCAUCAUUCUCGCGGUAUUCUUCUUCUUUUUCAUUCGCCGUCAACGCCAGAAGGCCGCAUACAAAGCAACCCCACCUGAGCCCGACGUAUCCGUCCUCUCUGGCCCAGUACACAAUGCCAACCCUCCCGACCCACUCCACACCGACCAGUGUCCUCCACAGUCAAGAUUUUGGUCUCCAGAUGCGGUCCGUGGCGGUCUCAGCGAGAGUCAUAAUGGCGAUAGUAGUGGCGACGGUGUUACUAGUGAGAAUAGUGCUAACAAGCACGUUUUGGAAUUAGACGGUCAUGAUAUACAGAUCAAGCCGGUUUACCACGAGCUACCAGGUAGUGAAGUCUGGAGGACAGGCCCAGACCCGGCCUCCGUGGUGCGGCGGGUGCGAACUUCUUACGCUUAA